AUGCAUAGCACUUUACAAGUGGACGUCUACGUGGCACCUGCAGUACCUGCUAGCACGGGGUCUCACGACCCAUCUAAAACCUGGUGGUCACCAAUAUCCUGCACUCUUAUCCAUGGGCCAAGAUCGGCAGUCCUGGUCGACACCCCUGUUACAGUAUCUCAGGCAGAGGAUCUGGGAAACUGGAUCAGGAAGACGGCACCAGGAAAGAAGCUUAAAUACAUCUACACCACCCACGCACACGGCGACCAUUUCUUGGGCAAUCCAAUCAUUUUAAGGCACUUCCCCGGAGCAACUUGCAUUACAACGAGGUCUGUAGCCGAUGGGGUGAAACAGACAUUGAAUACAGCAGUGUCCAGAUGGCAAGGGUGGUUUCCUGAUGGCCAGAUCCUAGCAGAGGGACAAGUUAUACCACACAUGUUACCCGAAACCGGUAAAUUUGACCUUGACGGCCACAGCCUUUACGGGAUCGAUGUUGCCCAUUCUGACACCCACGCGUCAUCCUUCUUGCACGUACCGGAUCUGCGCCUUGUGGUGGCGGGAGAUAUUGUCUACGGUGAAUGUCACCAGUUCUUGGCAGAGGCUAGCACGGCAGAGAAGAGGAGGGACUGGCUCAAUGCUCUUGAACAGAUUUCUAGCUUGCAGCCGAGCAUUGUGGUACCCGGGCAUAAACGAGCUUCUCAGUUGGAUGGCCCGUACUUGCUUGAUUUGACCAAGGAAUACAUUUUAGCGUUCGAGGAAGAAUUGGAACGCUUGACGGACGCGGGAACAGUGGAAGAGGCUAUGAAAAUUAGGUAUCCGCAACGUUGGAAUAACUUUCUUUUGGAGAGGAGCUGUGGAAGUUCUGUUUCUGCUUUGUGA